AAAAAAAAUGUAGCCUGCAGUGUCAGGAGAAUACUGAAUGCAAGAGCGAGCCUGGCAGGACAGCCAAGAGGGUCUGGAGAUGGAAAUGACCAUGACCAAAGUAGGAAGCAAAUUGCAAUAGUCUUGGUAUCAAGUUGGAGCGAGCUGGGUGCCACAUUUGAGGCUCUUUUAAAAUCAUAAUGGUGUUGAGCAUGGUGAGGGAGAUGAGAUCUAAGUCACUGCAAGCCCAGUUGCCCAGACUCUGUGUCCUCUGCUAGCUGCUCUUCAAUGGGAGACAACAGAGGGAGAGUAGGAACCGUGAGGACUACAGACCACAAGAGGAAAGUGAAGGUCAGUGCUGGGUGGCCAUGGAAAGGGAGAAGGGGCUGUUAGCUGAAGUGGGGGAGAGAAGGCAGUUCCUACAGAGACAGAGAAGGACGAAUAGUGUCCUAAAAGGCAUUUUUGUGGCUUAUGAAAUACAGUGAGCCAGGUCACCGGGGUCACGGUCUGAGCUGGGGCCAGGUCUCGGCUAGUAGGACACUAGGGAGCAGAGAGCCUGUUUAGGCAAGAUGAACUUGUCUAAGGUCAAACAAGGGCAGCAGUGAGGUUGAGACAUUGCUGGCAAAGGCACUAACAAGGGCAAAGAAGCUUGGGUAAAGAAGAAGAGUGAGGGAGAUGAAGAGCAAGGAAGGCAAAGCUAAAGGAGAGUGUUGGUACAAGAAUGAGACGGGUAUUAACUGGCCAUAGAUAGGGAUAUCCUGGAAAUGAGAAUAAGUCUAAGGGUGACAUUAUUGCCGGAGUGUUUGCUCCAGAUAAACAGAUGAGCAGGAUAUUCCCCUUAUCAUGGAAAGAAACCUUCCCCAAGGAUCCCUUUGCUAUGAAUGACUGCUUUAGCUUACUUGAGUGCAAGCUGUUUUCAUUCAUUCAUAUUAGCGCAGCGCUUUGCAGACGCACGGUCUUACAGAUGUCCACAUUUUGUAGUGUUAGGCAGUCAUUGCCCACAGACGGCUGUAAAAAGGAGUCUGCUGCAGCCAAGGGGGUGGUUUGUAGAGCCCUGUCUUCUACAGGUCCAGGAUUGCCCAAGAAUGGUCUGAAAAUGAAUCAGCCAAACUCAAGCAUCCAUCUUCCCAGCAAGCACAGAUCUAGGUCGCUUGUCCCUAAUUUGAGAUAUGUUGGGGGGGCAUGCAGCAAAAAAAAAGAAGUUACUCUCAGGUGUGUCUCUCCCUUUUUGUGUUUGAAAAAAUUUUUAAAAUAGUUCACUCUUGGUGUGUGUGGUCUGAGGAAGGGUAUGUAGGCCAGGACUCUUCAGAUGACUUGAAGAGGAUGAGUGUGGACAGGAAUCAGCUGGUCUCUUUCCAUACAAGAACUAGUGGCCAGCAACUGGGGCUUGGAGGAGCCAGGUUGGAAAGAAACCACAAGAGCUCCAUGCUGCAGGUGGAAAUAGACUGGGGAGAUCUUUCCAAAAGCACACUGCGGAUGCCAGAUGUUUAAAUGGAUUCAACUUUCUCCUUGAUAUGUUUCACAUGCAAAGAUGCAGAUUCCAACAUAAACUGUCUCAGUACAACCACAUGCUCUGAGCAUGAGAAGUACUGUCUCACAACCUAUUCUACCACGGGACUUGGCAAGGACCGUAGCCAGCGUAUUACCAAGAAAUGUUCUGCAUUUUGCCCAACAAUUGACCUGAAUAUCGGCAUAGCCGGUGUUGCUACCAGCUGCUGCGAGACUUCCUUGUGCAACAUCAGUGGUGCCAGCAGUGUGAAAACCAGCUUCACUAUGAUAGCUCUGGGCGUCUUGGCCAGUCUCGCCUGCAUCCUCCGGCUGGGUUUUUAAAGGGGCUGGGGAGGGGGUUGGGGUUGGUAAAGGAGCUGCUUGGCCUUGCAUUGCAAGGGAUCAAACUCUCAUCCGUAUAGUGUGAGUGAUGUCUUCUUUCUCCUACCUGAAAGGUCACAUCCCAUCAGCAAGUAUCUUUGCUCUUUCUGUGCUCUGAUGACAGUGCGUAAGAGCGCAGCCCUACCUCAAAAUGGUGUUCGGAAGAGAAAGGCAUGACGUGGAGUCCUGCACAUGCAGAAGGGCACCAUACGGUCACCAUCUCUCCUACUAUUCGCCUUUAUAAAACUCGAUGCAUUACCCACACACACACACUUCAUUUUGUCCCUGCCAUUCUCUUGUGCCUUUUUUCCCUUUAUACCAUUUUAUGCCCUGUAUUAUUUUGCUCUGAGGAAGCCUUUAAUAUUACAGUUGUUAAACAGAAACUGGGCACAAUAAAUUGUUAUUUUAUUCUAUUGUGUGACUGUGUGGUAUGGUACAUUGGGUCUAGUGGCAGGAUGCAUCCAUGUUAGCAGCAACAA